CACCACUGAUUUAGGAGAGAUGGCCUUUCUCAAGCAUUCCAUCCUGCACGCCCUGAGUGUGCUGCUCUUGGCCUGGGUGUUGGUGCAGUGCCAGGCCUCUGUUGAACCAGAGGAAGAGGAGGAGGAAGAGCCAACAGAGGAAACAGAAACUGCAACAGAGGUGACGAAAUCUGAGCCGGAAAUCUGUCCGCAGGAUUGCAGCUGUACAGCAGAGAGGGUAGUGGACUGCCCCGGAGUCAACCUCAUCGAGUUCCCUGCUAAGCUGUCGGAAAAAACCCGCCAGCUCUCUCUACAGAACAACAAGAUCGAGGAGAUAACGGUCGAGCAUAUUUCCCAUCUGCAUCAGCUUGAGACUCUUAAUCUUCAGAAUAACUGGCUCACCUCAGAUGGCCUUGAAGAUGAAGGGUUUGAGAUGCUCGAACAACUGGCUUAUUUAUACUUGGCAAAUAACAAGCUCACCUUAGCACCAAAGGUCCUGCCCCCCUCUUUGGUCAGUGCUGAUUUCGCUGCUAAUCAGCUUACAAGGAUCUUUCCAUAUACAUUUGGUCAUAAGCCAAAACUGAGGUCUGUGUAUCUCCAUAACAACAAGCUGACUGAUGCAGGUCUCCCUGAACAUAUGUUCAAUGCUUCUGACAACCUGGAGAUCCUAACCAUGUCUAGCAACUUCUUGAGGGUUGUUCCCAAGAACCUGCCUCCGACUCUUUACCGUCUUCAUCUGAAGAGAAACAAGCUGGAGAAAAUCCCAGCAGGAGCUUUUGACAGCUUGCCCAAUCUCAGAGAAUUAUAUCUUCAGAACAACCUUCUCAGCAAUGAGGGCAUGGACAAUGAGACUUUCAGCCAACUCAGCAGCCUUGAGUGUUUGGAUUUGUCAAAUAACAACCUCAGCGUUGUCCCAAAGGGUCUCCCUCGCAGUCUUGUGCUGCUACACUUGGAGAAGAACGACAUCCGCAGUAUCCCUGGAGAUGCUCUAACGUCAGCCCGAAAUCUUGAAUACCUGCUCCUCCACAAUAACAAACUUCGUUCCCGUUCUAUCCACCCAGCUGCCUUCCAGGGCUUGAAAAAGCUGCACACUCUUCACAUGCACAACAAUUUGCUGGAGCGUGUUCCCAGAGGCUUGCCUCGGCGAGCAAAGACCUUAAUGCUGCUCCAUAACUCUAUUUCUGAAAUUGGCCGCAACGACUUAACCUUGUUGUACACGCUGAUAGAACUCAACCUCAGCUACAAUAAGCUUACCAGCCCCAAGAUGCAACGUGAGGCUUUUAGGAAGCUACGUCUGCUGGAAACCCUGGACCUGUCGGGGAACAGCCUUACCUCAAUGCCCAGGGGCCUUCCUCGCAGUCUGCACGUGCUCGAAAUCAAGAACAACCUGAUCAACUCUAUACCAGAUGGUACGCUGACAAAGAUGGAGAAGUUACGAAAGCUGAUCCUGAGUAAUAACCAGCUGAAACUGAACUCAGUCUACCAGGGAGCCUGGAUGGAGCUCACUGCGCUCACAACGCUGGACCUGUCUGGUAACCUAAUGACACACAUCCCCGCUGACCUACCCGAGUCUCUGGAAUACAUAUACCUGCAAAACAACCGCAUCUCCAGUAUUCAUGGUUCAGCUUUUGAAGGCACUCCCAACAUCAAAGGCAUCUUCCUCCGGUUUAACCCCCUGUCUGUGGACGCCGUAGAUGAGAGUUCCUUCAAAUACCUGUCCAACUUGCAGGUGCUGGACACCGGUGCAGGAAACCCUGACCUCCCCAUUCAAAAAGAGGAGAUCGAAGAGGAGCAAGACUAGACCUGGGUUGAUCGAACUAUAAUUGGACUGCAUUGCAUCAAAGACAGAAAGAGUUUUUAAAUGGGGAAUGUACCUGUGAAUAUUAUUUCCCAGGUUCAUUUUUGUAUCGUGGCAGCGUCACAUAUUUCUGGUGCAGGAAACCGGAUGGGGUUACUGAUGUUUCCAUUUUUUUGGGCUGGUUAUUAAUGCAUAUCUUUAUAUCUGACCUUUAAUUAUUUUUGUCUUUGAUCAUUUUAUUGUUUCUGUGCAUUACCCUCAAAGAUUUAUUGGCAAAAUCUAAUGUGAACCUUCCCAUGUAAAUGUUUCUGAAUCGAUACAAAGAAUGUAAGCAGAGUGAAAAAUUCUGCUCCCACUGUGUGUGUCUUUCUCUGCUUUCUCAGCCUCUUUUCCUUCAAAGUCGCCUGCCUUGGCUCAUUGCAUUAAAAAAAGAGUGAUUUUACUUACAA